ACUAAAAAAAGCAAAAGUGGAGUGUGUGUCCACAGAAGGAACAGAAAGCUGCACCAGCGCUCUCAUCUGGGGUUGUUCCUUAGUCAUAACAGAGGAACAGAGACUUUCCAUGAGCGGCUGCUGCAGGUGUCACAAAAUAGUCACCAAAGUGCAUCGGCUGGUGUCCAAAUCUUCUUCCAGAACGUGAUAGCUUUGACUAAUUCUUAGCAAAAAGACAGGAACAUUCUGCUCAAUGGUCACAUGUGUUGUGUGAACUGUUUGUUUAGAUAAGAGGCAGACAUAAUUAGGGUGAGUCAAAGGCUGAUAAAGGAAACGUACUGUCCUGAAGUUCUGAUUGGAUGACGCGUUUUAGUGGCCUCGCUGACUCUUAAGGCAGGUCUGCCGCUCUAGGAUCGCAGUCAGUGGAGCGUGCAGACCUGCAGACACAUCUGAGAGGGAAGCAUGAAGGCUGAUUUGGAAGCACCUCUUCCUCCCGCACAGAGCGAUUCCGCCAUCCGCUGCCGAGAUGUUUGCCGCUCGUACGGCAAACUGAAGGUCCUCAGCAACUUGAACCUGACGGUGCCUCAGGGUCACAUCUAUGGCCUUUUGGGUCCAAGUGGAUGUGGAAAAACGACACUACUAAAAUGCAUCGUGGGAACCCUGAAAAUCUCCCGGGGGCAAAUCACCGUCCUGGGAAAGCCGCCGGCAUUUCCCGGACACGACGUCCCGGGAAAGAUGGUCGGAUACAUGCCACAGGACUUGGCCCUAUACAACGAGUUCACCAUCAGCGACACGCUGACUUUCUUCGGCCGAAUCCACGGCCUGACGCAGAAGGAGACGCAGGCGCGCAUGAACUUCCUCAUCGACUUCCUGCAUCUGCCUCAGAAGUGCAGCCUGAUCCGAAAUCUCAGUGGGGGCCAGCGGCGACGGGUGUCGCUCGGAGCUGCCCUUCUGCAGAACCCGGAGCUGCUCAUCCUGGACGAACCGACGGUUGGAGUGGACCCCGUCCUCAGGGCUAAGAUCUGGCAGCACCUCGUAGAGAUCGUGAAAACAGGAAAAGUCUCUGUCAUCAUCACAACACAUUACAUAGAGGAAGCCAGGCAGGCAAACGUGGUUGGUCUCAUGAGAAAUGGACAUUUGCUGGCGGAGGGACAUCCAGAUGCCGUCAUGAAACAGCACAGUGCCACGACUCUGGAGCACGCCUUCCUGCAGCUGUGUGAGACCACAGACCAGAAAAGCAUCAUGCAGACGUCCAGUCCGCAGAGCGGGCAGCUGGAGAACAGCCAGUCAUUCGAGGGGGGGCGGGAGGAGAACCAACCCAUUCUGGCAGUUGGACCUCCAGCUGGGGACGAACUUCCCAGAUUUUCAGCGAGCUGGAAGGUGCAAGCCCGCCACAUCCUGCCCAGGGGCAGAAACGUCGCUGCCCUGUUCAUCAAAACAAUGGUUCGCAUGAAGAGGAUGCCUGGCUCGCUGUGCUUCCAGUUCCUCCUACCCGUCAUCCAGGUCUCUCUCAUCUGUUUGUGUGUCGGAGGAGAUCCGAGGGGCAUCCAGGUUGCGGUGGUGAAUAACGAAACCUCCUCCAGUUCCUAUAGCUACUCUCUGCUCUCCUUCCUAGAUAACUCCAGCAUAAAUCAGGUGCCAUUGUCACAAAAGGAUGCCUUUGAGGGCGUGUAUGACGGAAACUACUGGGGGGUCGUCGGUUUCGGGGAGAACUUCACCAGCUACCUGACAAAACGGAUGAUGCAGCGGCACGUUUCCAAGGAGGUGAUAGACGGGGGAUCGGUGCACGUGUGGCUGGACCUAACAAAUCGACAGAUCGCCCUGAUGCUGCAGAAGAAGAUUCAUGAAGCCUUUCAGGCUUUCGUGGACAAUAAGAUGGGAAGUAUGUCAUACCUGGUCGCCUUGCCGAUAAAGUUUGAGGAUCCAAUCUACGGAAGUCAGAAUACAGACUUCACCACGUUUGUGACCCCUGGAGCUGUGCUCAGCAUCACCUUCUACCUGGCUGUGGGUCUGACUGCACUCUCUUUUGUCCUGGAGAGGAAGGAGGGGCUUCUGGACAGAUGCUGGGUUGCAGGCGUUAGUUCUGUGGAGACGAUGCUGGCUCAUCUCUUCUCUCAGCUGAUCGUCAUCAGCGUUCAGAUCUGCCUCAUGCUGCUCUUCAUCCUCCUCGUCUUCAAGACACCGAACGAGGGCUCGCUACUGCUCGCCAUCAUUCUGAUCGUGCUGCAGGGCAUGGCGGGCAUCUCCUUCGGCCUCGUCAUCUCAGCCGCUAUCGACGAUGAGCAGAGCGCCAACCAGGCCGCUCUCGGCAUCUUCUACCCCAACCUCAUCCUCAGCGGGAUCAUCUGGCCCGUGGAGUGUAUCCCGUAUCCUCUGCGCUACGUCAGCCUGGCUCUCCCUCAGACCUACGCCUCCGAGUCGCUGCGCUGCAUCAUGUACCGAGGCUGGGGUCUGUCUCGAAUGAUGGUGUGGCGAGGCUUUGCCGUCACUCUGGGCUGGAACACCUUCUUCCUCAUCCUGGCCACAGUCAUCCUCAAACUGAGGACAUGAGGAGCCCCUCCUUUACGCCGCCCCUCCCAGGGCAUCCUGCGGAGGGAAGCCGGACAUUGAAGAAACCCCAGGAGCCUUUUUGAUCACCGGGACGUCUCGUCUGUGGAAGACCUGCACAAGAGAGGGAGGAAGGGGGGUGGGGGUGUCACUUUGGGUGGUGCAUGGAUGCAUUGGUCCCCCUCCUCCAGACUCUCCAUCAUAUUACAAUCACGCCUGCAAGUUUCCAGGUGCUGCACGUAGACUUUCAGCUUCUACCUGCAGCUCCUAGAAACUAAUAAAGAAAUCUAUGAAUUGUUUUGUAAGAAAUGGAGGCUGACAAGUUUUCAAAUGUUGCACAAUGUUGUGGAUGAGUUAAAAAGGUGACGUUUGCUUGGUGUUGCUCAGAGCCCCCUGAUGUUCUGCUCGUGUUUGCGUAAGCUUCUGGAUGGACCGGCCGUCUUUUGGCGGCAUUUCCAGGUGCUUGCUGUCAUCUUGGUGCCUGAAUCUCAAACGGGUGGAAGCUGGGUGGUGGGAACUUUAUCGCAUGCUGUAGAUUUGUUUUGAUGACUCUGCUUUGCUGGACAGAGUGGAGGCGGUAGCUUUCUGUCCUCGAACUGUCGGCAUCCAUCCGGUUUUGGCUGCUUUUACAUGGAAAUUCCGAUCCGGUCUCAAUGAAGUCACUCUAGUUUUAAGUUGAAGGAGGAAAAGUCAAGGAGGCUUUUGACACCACCUUUAUUUAUAGGAACAGCAGAGCAGCAUGGAGCCACAGGGGGAGAGCUCACAGUUUCACUGUUUACAUUUACCGUUUUUUAACGAUUUUGAAGCUCUGCAUUCGUGUUUGUCAUCAGCUUUACUCUUUGAGGGACGCUGGGUUCUUGUUUAGUAGAAACUGAGUUCUCAAAGAAACCUGAGAUGAACUUUCCCGUUUCAGAAUCCUCACCCUGCUUACAUCCUGGUUCACACUAAGGUGGAUGUGGUCUUAUGAUUCUGUGCUUUCUAAGUAAAACUCUAAAUGUUUCUGACGACGAGGGUCCUCCUCACAAACCGAAGGAAGUGCAAAACCAAACACCUUCCGAAGGAUCCGGAGGAUCCGGUCUCGGGUCUGUCUGUGCCGUCCUCCGUGCACGUGAAGCACGCAGGCUCCUGUUUGACAUGCCUCUGUUCAUUUCCAACAAUAAACCUAACUUUAACUCAGCUGCA